CCGCCAGCUCCUGCUUGCUCCCUGCCCACUCCCGGGGGACGCUCAGUGCCGCGGCCGCUGCGGCCGCCGCUUCUUUCACACUUUAGUUGGGAGCUGCGUGCCGCGCUCAGUUACGGGAGAGCUGGCCGCGCGCCGCCGCGUCCCGCACACUCGCAGGCCAGCCCGGCUUCGGGGUUUUCGGCAUUUACUCCAAGCAGCGGGGCGGAGGGGAAGCCCCCGACACACUGUGGGCAAGAGGAGGAAGAGGAGGAGGGAGGAAGAAAAAAGGCGAGCAGCAAAGGGGCGGGGGGCGGGAGGCUCGCCACCUUCAGCCCCCCCGCGAGCGCCCAAGGUGCACACAGCUUGACUGACUCAGCAGCAAGGUGGAUUUCCUUUGUGUUUAAAGAAAAAAAAAUGUCCCCGUGUCUGUAGAGAUGAUUUGCAGUUCAGCCCGGCUGAAGCUGACCGAAUGAGACUAUGGGCUGUGCCUCCGCCAAGCAUGUUGCCACUGUUCAAAAUGAAGAGGAAGCCCAGAAAGGGAAAAACUACCAGAAUGGAGAUGUGUUUGGCGAUGAAUAUAGGAUCAAACCAGUGGAAGAGGUCAAAUACAUGAAAAAUGGGGCAGAAGAAGAACAGAAAAUAGCAGCCAGGAACCAAGAGAACUUGGAAAAAAGUGCCAGCUCAAAUGCAAGACUUAAAACUAAUAAAGAGGUUCCGGGAUUAGUUCAUCAACCCAGAGCAAACAUGCACAUCUCUGAAAGCCAACAAGAAUUCUUCAGAAUGCUGGAUGAAAAAAUUGAAAAGGGUCGGGAUUACUGUUCGGAAGAAGAAGAUAUCACAUAGCACCGAUUCUACCGCACAAACCAGGAGCUACUACUGUGUAAAUAGGUUACACCCCAGUUGAAAUCUUCGCAAAGGUCGGUUCUCUUCAACAAACAGCACAGCAAAAGAAGAUCGUUCCAUACCGUAUGCCCCAUUAAAUUACAGUGUUUCUUAAUGAACUUGCAAAGGAAUAUUGCUAAAAACAAAAAACUGUUAUCGAACUUUCUUUGUUGCUGCUAGGUAAAACUUGUUGCAACUUUCCACUUCUCUUGUGUCCAGGUAUGCAGCAAAAUUCUGCAGUUUCACCUUAAAGAUACUGUUGAUUUUACAGAUGCUCUCCAACCUAUUUUCUAUAAGAUGAGGUAGUGGUGAACUCUCACAUAUCAAACUUCUCUUCUAGACCGGUUCUGCUUCUAAGACAAGCAUCCCCUGCCCUCUCUCCUUCCUCCCCGUCUCUCCCACGCAGUCCAGAGAUGGACUGGGCCUGGCUUCUCACUGGCAAGGUUGAGCUUUGGAGAUGGGAUGCUUGCUGUGGCAAGCCUUGUCUCUCUGCUCGGCAGAAGUGGGGAGGCUGUGAUCAAUUAAAAGCAUGUUGUGAUAUGACUUCUGAAAGUGACAUGGGAGCCAGUGGCAGGUGGUGUCCUUUCCUAGGUAUCUUACUCAAGGAUUAAGUUUGCAACGUUGGCUUUGCUCAGAUGCAGAUGGAAGUCACAAUCAUUUUGAAUCCCUCUUCCUCACUUUUUUUUUUUUUUCUAAAAAAAUAAAACAUUUUACUGUUUUUAUGUAUCCUUGUCUUCUCCCAUUCAUCCAGCUCAGUGUUUUAAGAUGAUCCUUGGGUAUGGAAAUUGAGCCCUCCCUUGCAGUGACGCUGAUGGUCCGCUUAAAUAGCUCCCUACCCUUCCACCAAUAAUCUACCAAGCAUUUGCAGGGUUAUACGUGGUAAGAAGAGGUGAAGGGACGUCCCAGGACUUUGUAGGAGGGCCUUGAAAUCACCCUGUUACCUUUCAUUUUAUUAGCAAGUAAGCCAUCUUAUUUAGUAAUUCUCCCCCUUCAAAAUGCUACUUGAGCUUUGCCAGUUUCUUCUCUUAUCUCCAGCACUGGAUAAUACAUGAAAAGUAUUUGCCUACUCGAAAACAUAGUACACUUACACUGGUGAUGAUAUUUGGAGACGCGAAAGCCAAAAGCCCCUGGCAGUGGUGGGGAAUGUUUGACUGUGUGUUCAGUAGAGUUUAUUUUUCCAUAUUAUAUGAAGAGAAUGAUCUCUUCUCAAAGACAGAAGUAAUAUUUUUAACAGAUAUUGUCACAAGUAAAUAGCAAUCAAAAGGAGAAAAUAACUUUUGUAUUUUUUUAACGUGUUUGAUAGCUUUGACGAGGGUUCUCUUUGUUCCUUUCAGGGGAGGGCACCCUAUUAAAUGCCGUGCCAGCAGUCCAGGGCAGGGUUUUAUCCCCCAGAAAUGCAGGAGCACUGUAUGUCUCUCUCUUGUGUGGUUGUGAAUUUGAAGGGUCUUGGUAUCAGCCAGGCUGCCACCCUUCAAAGGUGGGUAGUUAAGAUGUUCCAUUGUUCUUGCUAAGCAGAUGAGCCUUGAUUUUAAAAUCCAUCCCCCUAAUUGAUGUCAGCACUGAUGCGUUCAUGGUGAGAUUCCCCCUCUCCUUCUAGACCUGGGCCAGCAAAAGUGAGGGGUAGGAAAUUCUUUCCAGCGUUGUAGAAAAUGGACUCAAAUAUUAGCAACAAAAAUCCCUUAAUUCUUUGAGCAAGCAGCAGCUAUUUUGGGGAGCAGCUGUGGUUGUUACAUAAAUAGAGAUGUAGCCAAAAUUUUAGGCUUUUUUAUCCUGCUUCAAGCAGAAAAAUGCAGGGAGAGUCAAAUAGCCUCGGGUUUUAGGUUCCCUCCCCUUGUAUGGUUUCUGGCCAACAGACUGAAACAGUUUUCCAGAACUGUAAAGGAACCGCUACGCCCCACCUCAAACUUGUUCACUGGGGACUUUGUUCACUGUUUUCUGGAAGACCUUUUCUGGGAUUUCUUGUUCUUUAUCCAACAAGAAUGAGGCAAGUGCUAAAUGUCUUCCAUUCGAUUUCUCUACUUGGUGUCUCAGACAGCGUCUCCCCAGAAAAUCACCACCCUCUUGCCGAAGAUGAAGCAUGUUCAUCUCAUUCUGUUUUUCUCACAGUCUCGUUGUAACAUUUUGACAUAUUCCACAGGGAACCAAGUGUUUCUUGGGAGCCUGACUUUUGAGUGUUCAAUCAAACCAGAAGCAUCAUUUCCGUGAACGACGGGAGCUUUUCACCGGGGGCUCUGUCCACCGUGUUGAACCCUGGACACAUUUUUGAUGGGUAGAAGUGAUUUCAUCUUCAGACACAUUUGGUGCAUCUAGAAAUAGAUCCCAGAAAUGGGGUGGUUGAGUGGGCUGGCAUGGCAAGCUUGAUGAUGUGAGCAGCACUCAAACUCUCUGUUUUCCAUUUGUUGGUUUUAAUCAUAAAAUUGUCAAGUGAUUUGUGUUUGUACUUUAUUUUUUUAUACCUUCUGAAAGGAUCUAAAGCAAAAAUAUUUUGCCUUUUUUUCCCUUGUGUAUCUGAACAUUAAGCAGAUUGCCUCAGAUGCAAUGAGAAAAAAAAAAUAAUCCGUGUACACGCUGGUGGAUUCUGCUAGUUAUUUCUGUAGGGCUCAGGGAGAUGGAAGGAGGGAGGGAGGGAAGUGGCCUGGUGGGUAGUGGGAGAAAAAAUGAAGAGAAAUGAACUGAAAGCAUUUAGCAGAGAGGGCUGAGGGGCUGGCUGCGUGCAGGAUGCACUUGGAAAUCUGCCUCUCAGCCAGUGGGUGGGGCAAGGCUGUCACCAAGAUUUACAGCUGGAUUACACAUGCCUUAUGUACUCUGAGUUGUAGAGUUGUAAAAGUUCACCCGUUGUAUGCACAGCUUUCUUUUGGUUGGCGGACAUUCGAGUUAUGGAGUACUAUUCUCAUAACUGAAUGCAUGUUUUGUUACUGGCAGAGAACCUUAAAAGAGAGAGAGAGCUGAACCUCAGUGAUGCCUCCUAGCCCCAGGCUUGAACGGUGAGCAUGGAGUGGUCUAUUUAAGGACAAAAAAGGUACAAAGUCCAGAGAUGAGGAAACUAGGUCGCCCCCAGAAACAGCAGCAGCCACACACACGGCAGCCUGCCAGGAGACUGGUCUCUCUUCGUCUGCAGGGCCCAUGAUCUGAGGCUGGGUUUGGAUGACUCAAAUAAGAAAUGACCUGACCCAGGAGUAGCUUUGGCUCUUAAUCCCCUGGGCCAGCACUGUCCUCCUUCACACGGUGAGGUGAGGAAAUGCCUCAGUGUCAGGGGCUCACCUGGGCAUCUGGGGUGGCCAUGGCAGCAAACUGGGAGCAAGCCCAGAGGGGAUGGAGCCCCCCUCUCGGUCCCAUCUGAUGUCAUCCCACUUUGAGUUAUAACUGUGUCCUCCCCCAAGCCUCAUCACUUUUUUCUUUGAGGGCUGAACUCUGCCAUAAGCCUGCUAAAAACAGCGAUGAUACCUCUCAUGAAUUUUACCUCAGUAGCCUGGGAUGCAGGCUGCACAUUGAUUACAAGCCCUACUUAGACACUGGGUGAGAAUUCCAAUGAGUGUUCCAUCUCCACUCAUCUUAAAAAAAAAAAAAAUUGGCUGAACAUGCUGUUUUUUGUAGGAAGAAACAUUUUUAAACUCAUAAUGCUAGACAAUACUGACUUGGAAUCUCAGGCUGCAGGUCUCUGCUGGGUUCUUUCUGGAAAGAUACCGUCGGUAUCUGAGGUUCUCUUCCUCUUCCUCCCACCUCCCUUUUAAAAAAGGCAUUAGAUUGUACUCUAUAAUUUUAUAUAAAAUCCGCCUUCCAUGCUUUUCCACUUCCAGGGCAUUCUCGGAGCUUGAUUUCUUUGUACACCUCAGAAGUAGGUCUUUUUUGUUAAGUUGUGUAAAACCCCAGCAAAAUAAAAAAAUAAGGCCUGGUGUGGGGAGGAGACAGGCACACUGGAGCAUCCCCACAAGGUGCUCGGAGCAGAAACCUUGGCCUUUCGGUGUCUCCGUGGAGCUAGGCGAGGCCAUGGCUUUCCCACUGCAAAUGUGCCUGCGGUAAACAUACACGAAGUGUACGCAUUGCCUUUUGCCAAUGAACGGACGUGUUUAUCAACAGUCCCUUUUUUAUAUGUUUCUAGAUUAAACAGCUACAGUACAAAAUGAGGAUUGUGGGCGAAUUUAUUUACUUUUGUGACAAACCUUCAAGGUCUCAUGACCUAUGCCAUGUUUUUCUGGACGCUUGCACCUUUUCUGGGAUCUAAUCUAAUCUAGGAGAAGAGGCAAAAGGAACAAAUAUAUGUUAUUUGUACUCACCCUAUGCCAGAUACCGUACCAGGCGUUUUAUAAUUGUUUUGUGUAAUCCUCACAAUGACCCUGUGAAGUGGAUUUUUUACCCACAUGUUCUAAGAAAUCUAUUUUAAGGGUAGAAUGCAUCUAUCCAGUAAAAAUGCCCAGGUUGAAAGAAGGAAAGGUAUUAUUCAACUAGCUUCCAAUUUUUCGACCGUGCCCUUCGCAACACUGUGAAAACAACCCUUUGGGGGCAUCUGCCUGCCAGAAUCUCUCUUUGGCACGUCUGUCACCCAUUUGAUUUCCUCCUAGGGAGAGUUUUCUUAACAUUCCCCAUUCCCCGUCUAAGGCGUACACAAACCAGAAUAGGCCACUGGCUAUAACAGGAGGACUUCAGUGCCCAGAAGGAAAAGGUUUAGGGGAUGUAGGUGCGUCUCUCCUCCUGGGGCUCUUUCAGCAUCUGGAAAAGUGCCCUGGCAGUUCUGUCAUUAGAUACCAGAUGCAACCAGAACAGGCUUUUGACUGCUGUGAUUUCUUUCCUGAGUUUACAAGGCUUAUUGUUUUGUCACAGGCUGCAGCCUUUUUCUUUUUCUUUUUUUGCAGUUUUUGGCCAGGGCUGGGUUUGAACCUGCCACCUCCAGCAUAUGGGGCGGGGGUCCUACCCCUUUGAGCCACAGACACUGCCCCAGGCUGCAUCUUUUCUGUAUCACCUUCAGAGAGGUUUGGGAGAGUCUGUUCUCCAACCAGGGAGGAAGGGCAAUGCCUUGACAAACCAUUGACUUCCAUUGAAAUCCUUUCUUGUGGACUGGGUUCUGCUGUCUCUCUUUGAUCUUUGGACUGGAGAUAUCAAUCUUCCAGGCUAGUUGAAGCGAGCACUAAAACUAAAUGGGAAGCUUUUUGAAGACCUUGAAUGGUUUAGAGAGUCACGUGAUGACUUGGCUAGUCAUUUAAAUAACUUGAUCCCAGGUCAGAGAACUCCCCAGGAUUCCUCUCCUUGCUUCUGCAGGCACAUCCUCUAGAGAAAAUGAGUCACAUUUCCAUAGAAAUUGUUAAAGGUGCAGCCUAGAGGGAACCAACCCCCACCCUUACUUAACUUAAAAGAAUCAAAAGAAUUUCCUUGUGAAAAGAGGGUGCUGUGUCCAGUUUUCCCAAGGUCCUACUUCUUUCCAGCCUGGCAGCUGGCAUACUCCGUCAAGAUGAUAUGGGAAAUGGUUCUUAUCUCUUAGAAACUGCAGAAAUGGCUUUUCUUCAGGAAAUUCACCUCUAAACUGAAAGCCUUAUUCUGAUAUUCUCUGCCCUGAAUUCCCCCUUCUUCUUCCCAGAAGUUAUUUUUAUCCCAAGGCUUUGAACUUGAUUAAGACUUAGAGGUAGGAAAAAGAACAUCAUAAACUCAGCCAGAGAUGCCCUCGGGUCUCUAGGUUUGAAAAUAACUCUAGAACCUUGGGGGCCACUUGGCAUUGACCCAGAGUGAAAGAAUAACUUUUGGUUUCCUGGCUUUUCAAUCCAGACCCUCAGGGACUGUUCUCUUGACAGGCAAAUAAGCAAGGGUGGUUUCUGCAAUAGAUUUCAAGCUAGCUUUUCCAACCAAAGCAAGAUACAAAUUCAUAAAAAUUACUCUCUUCUGCUGGAACAGAACCCAACAGUUGCCUUAUUAGGCCUCUAAAUUUGGAUCCAUUUUUAAACACACACUUACACACAUACGAAGAUACAUAGAUAAAAUAUAUUUUAUUAUUGAAAUACUUCAAUAAAGAGCUGUAGUUUGCCUUUCAGUAAUCUCAAAUAACGUCUAGGAUAGCUAGAGAAAUACCAAAGCAGGAAAAACUAGUGAUCACUCUUGGGAAAGUUUGAGUUUGACUCAAACAAGAAGAUCAGGUCCUGCUGGUGGUCUUGCUGUGUCCCCUCUGAAUCAAGAUGUCCUCUCUACUACAUCUGUUUGGCUCAGCUGGGCCUCUAGCCUGGGCAUUGUGGCUGGCAUCUUUCCCUCCCUAAGGAUGUGUGCCUGGUCCAGCUACAUACGACCACAGCAUUUCUCAUGUACUCUCCCACUCAUCCAUGUGGCCUUGACUAUGGCAUUCCAGCAGCUCCACUAGGACGCCCUGAUGCCAUUGUGUGGAAUCUGGAGUCCCUUCCUGUAGGUUGACCCAGCUGUAGCAUUUUUAACAGGACUCAUUCAUGGAGCAGAUUAUUUACAAAGUGUCUGGUACACUCUAGGCAUGGAGCUAAUCAUCAGCAAUGCACAACUGACCCAAACACAGCUCCCACCCUCAAGGAGCCUACCAGUCACAGGGAGGAAGUGUGGAAAAGGCCUGCGUGCCAUGGGAGUAUCUCAUGGGAGCAGCCAGCCCAGCUGUGGGAAUCAGGAGCUUACUGAAAGAGGUGACAUCAAAGCCCAAAUUCGUGCAAGGACUGAGGGAGAGCAUUGCAGAGGAUCUUUCAGGCUGAGAGGAUAGCAUGAGAAUCAGCUCCAAAGAGAGUCAGUGUGGGUCCACAGGGCCCUCUGCCUGCAGUAAAGAGGCUGGAGCUUGGAGUUGAAGUGGGAGGUGGGAAGAGUGAGGGCCGAGGACAGGACAGUGAGCUGGGCCAGCCCCACAUGGCCCCCAGGGCUUUGAUGGGGUUCUGGAAUAUAAAUAGGAGUUUUGGGUGGUGCUUUGCUCUCCACCACCCACUGCUUAGGCCCCCCAGAGAGGUAAGCAUAGUAGUGAUGGGGGCAGGGUUUCCCGCCUCACUAUGGAAAUGCACAGUUGCUCGAUGAGAUGAUUCGUUCCAAUGCAUCCUCUGCCCCCAUCUCUGCCUGGACUCCUUCUCUUCCUCUCACCAAAAGCUAUUUGAACUCAAGGGCUUUAAGCCAGGCUGGAUCUGGUUUAGAGACAUAAAGGGGACAGUUCUGGGUCAUCCCGACCUGUGUUAAGAGCCACCAAGGGCAAAAACACCUCCUGGGACCAGGCUGGCCUCCACCCAGGGGUGAGAAUGUACCCUAAAACAAACGUACAGGAAGCAGCAGAGAGCUUCCCUGUCUAGUGUGUGAUCCUAAGCAAAGGCAGCUGUUCUUGGGCAGCCUUCCCCCAAAUUGGGUCACAUACACCUGGUGGCCACACUUUUGCUACCUCUCAAGUGCAUACCUGAGUCCUGCCAAAGGGGAUUUUUAUAUAUAUAUAGCACAGAUGCAUUGUGUACAAAUGGAGAAUACCCACCAGCCCAGACAGCUGCUGAGGGAGGACCUUAUGGGGGAUCCAGAAGCUGCCAGAGCUGGGAGCUCUGCGGGUGUGAGUCAGGGGCAACUCCAAGACCAGCAGAAUCCCUCUAUGGAGACAAUCUGCGGUGCCUUUUAGGUUUCCUUUAGGUUUUCCAAAGACCCUAUUCAGAGUUCAGAGCAUUGGGUUUUUUCUUUCACCCACCCACACCCCGAGAAAAAUAAUUAAGAAAAAUUUAGGAUGAAGAAAAAGAAUUAGAUGCAUCAAAAUACCAGCUCUAAGCCAAGAUGGUUUCCAGAAGCUCGAGUAAAAGCUCAACCAGAAGACAAUUUCCCUGAGAAGUGGGCAGAAUUUGGGGUUGAAGGUGGUUUUCCUGGCUGAGUGGCUCUGGCCCUCUGUGUGGGGAUCCCAGAUGGCUCUUGCUUCUUCUUCAGGCUGACUUCUUUUUGCAAGACCUUCACACCUGCCCACCCUGGGUGCAGCCAGGCAUACUCAACAGCAACCCCAGCCUUCUGGACCCUUGGAAAUAUUUUAGCUCAGACACCCACUCUUUUCCCAGAUAGUCCUCUGGCCUUUGACUAAAGAAUUUCUACUUCUGUGUCUAGUGGCUCCCUCUCGAAUGUUCCAAAGGCCUAGGUGUUUAGAUCAGAAUUCAGCCAGUGCAAUCCUGAUGCAGGAAGCCAAUAAAACAUUUGGCCUUUAACUCGCUCACUUUAAAAUUAAAGCCCUGGAAGGUCCCCUUGGGGCUGUGUGGUCACAGAAAGUAGGCCAAGUUUGCCUUAGAGCACCAUCUCCCCAUUUUCUGUCCUGGCCCAUUUCCCACUCUUCUCCACCUUAUUGCCAGGAAGGGAUCAAAAUGCCUCCCUGCCAGUUGCCAAUGGCUGUGUGUUUGCUCUUCCCAAAGAUAUCUGCAUUUGAUUUAGAAACAUGGCCUUAUACUCAAAGGGAAUCUAGUGGCAAGAUUACAAGGCAUAAGCUCUCAAUCAGGUGUGGGAGACAUCUUGGGGCAUUGCUCUUCUGAACACCUGCAAAGGCUUCCUCAGGUGAGCAUAGGAGCCCAGAAGGGUGGGCUCCCUAACCACUCUGCUACCCACAAAUUCUGUAAAGCAGUGGGCACCCAUCUGUUUCAGACACACAUGUAUCAGCAAAAGCUCCAUGAGACGCCCCCCUCUGUAUGUUUAUUAAUUUGUCUAAAGCAUGUAUUCCUUUAUGUUUAUACUAACAUGUUAGGCGCAUUAUAAAAAGUCCACAGCAUCUACAUUUUAAAUGAAUAAGAUGCAAAAUAUUAUAAACAGAAGUUCUGGCAUUUUCUUUCUGAGGGACCUUGGGUACCUUGUGAUAUGAACACACCCACUUUGAAGACCACUGUUGUAGUGCAAAUCAGUACUCGAUGGCACCCCAAACCACUGGGCAGCACUUGGCCUGCAAACUAAGAAGGUUGGAGGGCAAAAUCCUGAGUGACUUCUCAUCUGGGAGAUGAGGCAAGAAAACUCCCAAACCACAUAAAUUUAAAUAAUUCAGAACCCUGACAGGAGAGCUGUCCCCAGACACUAGUGGCUACAGGUGCUCCGGAAAGGUCAAGUCCACUGUACAGAGCCAUGGGAUUGUUCGUCCUCCCUCUCUGGGUCUCCAGAAAAGGACACUGGCACUAUCCCAGCUCUUUCCUGAUUGGAAUUCUUUGAACCCUCAAAGUGCUUUGGCAGUGCUACUCCCCACAACACAGUGGGCCCAUGUCGCUUGAAUAUUAUUUUUGAUUUGACCACUAAGAUGUUAAUGAUGAUUCUGUUCCAUUUUGAAAAGGAUCUGAGAAAGUGUACAGGUCUAAUUAUAUAUACAUAUUUAUACAUGUGUAUUUUUGUUUAUUGUUACAUUUUGACAUUGGACUUUCUAUUAAAUAAUUUUUAACAGUUGG